CUGGUUGCCUUGUUCUGGUCUCUGCAGCCACUCGCUUUACGUCAGGAAGGGAAGCCUGUGUAUUUCCUCCCCUUCUUUAUCUAAAGGAAGUGCCAAAAUAAGCAUUAGCAGCGGAGCGCCCAAACUCAGACACCUUUUCCACUGGCCACUCAGUUGGAGUCUGAGGAAGAAGUCAGAGGAGUUCACGGCCGCAGACUCAACAUGAAGACAGUCAGGGUUCUUGUCCUCCUUCUUCUUGGAUCUGUCCAUAUCUUCACGCACGCUUCACAGGACCCAACUAUAAAAGCUCCACUGGUUCAAUCAACUCAAAAAGCAGCAGACACGACACCAGCCCCGGUUGUAACAACUUCACCAACUCCAGUCCCAAAUGUAACAUUAACAACCCAAAAUGUACCAACACCCAAGAUCACAACUGCAACACAAGCGGGCCCAGAUGCAAUGACAUCAACAACUGUAGUCUCAAAUGCAUCAACAGCGACAGCUAAUAAUACCCUCAACGCAUCUUCUGACAAUGCCCGACCAGCUGAGAAACCAGACAACAACAAUCAAACUUUAACCCCAAGAUCUAACCAGCCUAGGGAUGGAGGACCAACUAGCCCUGAAAAAGUAAUGCCAACAACACGCACUGGUACAGCGGCUACUCCCACAGUGCAUCAACCGAUGUCAACACCUGCAGCUAAGGACAACAGUACUGGUUCUCAGAAUCAGAAGUACGUUAUUUCAGAAUCAGAAGAAGGUGGCGAUGGUGAGAAACUACCCAUCAAAUCAGACAACAGGAUGUGGUGGAUUGUGUUGCCUGUCCUCCUGGUUGUAGCUGCUGCUGCCAUUGUCCUCAAAUUCAAAUGCAAGAAGAUCCACAAUCACACAGAAACCAUCGAUAAUGGAACUGAGAAUGCAUCUUUCCAGAGCAGACCAGAGAGCACCAAAGAUGGUGUCAUGCUCCUUGGAGUGAAGUCAUCAGGCGGAGAAGAAAAUGACGCUGCGAGAUAAAGAAGAAGGGCAGAAACAUCAAGAUCAAGCCAGCGGAUGAGUCACAUCUGUUGCCCACACACUGAUGGUCUGGAGGAAAUGUUUCGAUGUUUAAUUGUUCUGGUGAAUUUUGUGAAGCAGAAAAGUGUCGACCAGCGUUUUUUUUAUUUUUUUUUAUUUUAAUGUAUGAUUCUGUAUGCUGAAAGCAGUUUCACAAAGCACAGUUUGUGGCUGUGAUCAUAAAUCUCAGAGCGAGUGAGCCUUAUUCAGUAAAUCUCUUCGAACACUGGCUAUGAGUUUGGCUGCAUUUCGUUGCCUUGUAUUUAUACAUGUGUAAUGACAAUAAAGUUGAAUCUAAUCUAAAAAAAAAUCUAAUCUAAUCUAAAUGCAGUAAGCAGAUAGAAUAUUGCUUGUGAAAUAUAGCAAACUUCAUUUCAGUAUAUUGUUGACAAAGACAGACCUAAACACAGCUGCAUAGCUGAUUUCUGUCUACAUGUUGGACCACAAAACACAUUUUCUGUACAGUGCACUGACCUCAGAACAAUCACAUAUUUGAUGUAAUAAGUUUUAUAAAUAUCCUUUUGGUUUUGUCAUUUAUUUGCCUUGAACCUGUGUCAUUCAGUGUCACCAGAAGAUGGUAUAAAGACAGGCUGUUUGAGGUGUUUUUCAUCUUUACUUUUUUUAUGUAUUUCUAAAGUAUUUUUUUAGUAUUUUUUAAAAAAAGGUAGUAGUUAAAUAUUCCACCAGGCUUCUCCGGCCGGAAAAGUUUUUUUUUUAGCUACACUCUUUCCUCGCACGACUGUACUGUAAAUUCACAAGCAACUUUGUGUGUGCAUGUAGGUAAACCUGCAUUGAUGGUGUUUUUUUUUUCAGUAAAUAUAUCAUUCAAGCACAAAGAAAGCACACGCAGAAGACUGCAUUUAAAGACACUGGAACUGUUUUGUAGCUGUAAUUUGUUGUUGUCAAUUUCCUCAAUAAAUCACUGGAAAAUGG